CAAGAAGGCUUGUGUUGGAUAUAAAAGAUCAUAGCUGUUGCCAGAGCAUCAGCCAAAUCGUCAACCAACAACACAUCUGAAUUCGAUCACUCCCAACAGCCUCACUUUCGUUCCAGCACCUGACAUGCGUUCCAUUUCUAUAGUUUGUGCCAUAUUGGCAGCGCCUUCUGUCUUUGGCCUCGCAAUUCGCCAGUCAGGCACUGGAACCAAGAGCUGCGAUACUGAGCCACUCGCUCGGACUACUUGGGUUAACCUCGGCAUCGAUAAGUUUCUGAAAGACUGGACUCCCAACGUCACAGUUACGCCUACCAACAACGUUCAGGCUCUGGCUGAUUCUUUCGGUGCACCUAACUUCUUCUGCGGACUCGAUCAGUUUUGCAACGCUGGUCAGCCCUGUGUUCCUGUUGAUCCUCCUGCAUGGUAUGCCCUGUUAGCCAUCCAGAACUGGAACAACUAUAUGAACUCUUUGAACACUGCCAUCAGCUUCUCCAGCAGCAUCAUCGGUCUCAAAUUGCCUGAAAUUGUUUCGGACUUAUACCCUGACCCUAAAGAUAAUGUCACGCCACUGCAAAUUGUUGUUCGAGCAAUUACUUCCACUAUGGGUGUUGUUCCUCUCUCUGGAGGUAUCAAUAUUGCCAAAGACGCAUUUACCGGUUCUGUUAACUAUGUGCUCACUAUCGUCAAGCCUCCUACGACAGAUAAGUUUCUACAGUGGAGCAAUGUGGCUUCUUCUCUGAGCGGUGUUAUCCAGGACUAUCAAGCCGCCCUCUCCGACUCCUUUAAGAAGGUCAUUGAUACUCCGGUUAGCGAUGCUGGUGGGAUAUAUGAUCAGCUUCAUGGUGGCAGCUUUCUUGGAAUCAGUCAGAACUUUACCCAGAGUGACGUUCAGAAGCAGAUGAUUGACUCAUUCACAAUCUAUUCAAUUGGACUUGCCCUGCAGGCUCAGAAGAUAUUUGUUCUUCGUAUGACUAACAUUCAGAGAAAGCACGAUGAUACUUCUGCUAGCUUUGCUGUUGAUGCGGGCGACGGCACCUUUACUGAGUACUCCCUGAUGCAAGCUGGCGGCAAUGACAACGCAAUUGUCAUGCUUGACAUUGGAGACAAGCUUUCCAACAAAUAUUCCCUCCCCAAGGACCGCUGGCUGACCGAUGUUAUUAAGUGUUGGGAAGGAAACGAAAAAAAGCAAUUGGCUGAUGACUUUGGGGACUUCUUGCCUCUUGACCCAGCUACUACAUGUCUUUUGAACAUGAAUGUAUGUGACCUUCGGGCUGCAGAAUGGGCAAGCAAAGGUAUUAUUGAGAGAUGUCGGGAUGCAGGUGUUGAUAUUUAACUUUAAAGUUGCUUUUGCUUUUGUAUUGAGCAGUCAUCGUGAUAUCGAUGCCUAAGUUGUGGGUGCGCAAUUUAGUGAAACAAUUGCAAAUGGGAUCCCGGCCUUGAGGAAUUUGUUGCCAAGCGUUGUGCCUAGGGCUUUGUGGACUUGAUCGCAGACGUUGACCUUGAUGUAGUUGAACUGAAUAGAACGAACUUUUUUGCUUGAUGUGACGA